AAGAAGAAUAAGAAGACCAAUUGGUAAUCACCACCACCACCACCUCCACCACCACCACCAUUUGAAGGUGCAAUUCUUCAAAGCCAUAUAAUAAUAACUAUGCCAGUAAUGCCACUGCAAAACGGAGCUACCAGAGUCAUGCCUUUAUUAAUGGCUUCUCCGGUGAGUGUCUGAAAGUGACCCAGUUCGGCUUUUAGCGGUUGGGCACAGUCUUCACUGCUUGCCUGCCUCUCUCUCAUUUAAAGCUGUUUUUCACCUUCAAUUCUCUCUGCUACAUUAAGCCCUCCUCUCCCCCACUUUUACCAUCCUGCCCCUGCCACCCUACCCACACUUCUGUAUUCAAAGCCUGCAAAACAUCACAGCUUUUUAAACUCUAAUGCAGAAGAAGCAGCAAGGUUCUUAGGUAGAGAAAAACAAUCCUGAGCUGAAGCUUCAUCGAGUAUGAUGAAGAUGUACAGUAUGUUAUCACAGAUUAAAACCCAAGUUGGAGUCUUUACAAUAUCUCUAGCUUUGUUCUUCUUGAUUAGCUGCGUUUUAGCCCAGCAAGAUUCUUUAACCUCCGCCGUGGAACGCUCGGCGUUACUGGACCUCCGGUCGUCUUUAGGACUCAGGAGCAAAGACUGGCCUAUAAAGGCAGAGCCUUGCACCUGGACCGGAGUUCAAUGCCGGACCGGUAGAGUCGUCGGAAUUACAGUCUCCGGUUUGAGACGAACCAACCGUGGGCGGCGCAACCCCAAGUUCGAAGUGGAUUCAUUGGCCAAUUUUACAUCUUUGGUUUCUUUUAAUGCUUCUGGGUUUUCACUUCCGGGGUCUAUACCUGACUGGUUUGGCCUGAGUCUUAGUUCACUAGAGUUUCUUGAUCUGAGUUCUGCUUCUGUCAUUGGUGCUGUUCCUGAGUCUCUUAGUAACUUGACAAAGCUUAAGUCUUUGUGUUUAUCUGGUAAUGACAUUACUGGUGUUCUGCCUUCUGCAUUGGGGAGCUUAGUUGAGUUGGAGGUUCUUGAUGUAUCGAGGAAUUCGUUUACUGGAUCAAUACCUUCUGAGUUUGCCUCUCUUAAUAAUCUAACAGUGCUUGACCUUUCUUCUAAUUUCCUAUCCGGUACGAUACCACCGGGUUUAGGCACUCUUUCGAGGCUUAAUUUCCUGAACCUGUCUGAUAAUAGUCUCACUGAUACCAUACCGGUUCAGCUUGGGGAGCUCUCUGAGUUGCUUGAACUCGACCUUAGUAAGAACGCUUUGUCUGGUGGGGCAUUGCCCGUGGAAUUGGGAGGGUUGAGUGGAGUGAGGAAGAUGGUGAUUGGAGAUAAUGAUCUGGAAGGUCCACUGCCAGACGGUUUGUUUUCGAGUUUGACUCGGCUGGAAGUUCUGGUUCUGAGUAGGAAUAGACUAGAGGGUGCUCUUCCUAGUGCAUUGUGGUCACUUUCCAAAUUGCAGCUUCUUGACCUAUCCAGGAACAAUUUUGCAGGAGCUCUGCCGAGGAUCAGUACAAAUGGUAGUGUCAGUGGAGCUGUGUUCAACCUCUCUGAUAAUUUUUUUCAAGGCAAGGUAUUGGAAAAUAGUCAAAGCACUGUUACUCUUACUGGAAAUUGCCUCCAGUUGGUGCCAAAUCAGAGGAGUUCACAGGCAUGUAGACAGUUCUAUGAAGAAAGAGGUAUGGCUUUUGAUGAUUUUGGGGUACCUGAACCAGAGCCCGACUCAAAGAGAAAAAAUCGUUUAAUAUAUAUACUGGCGGGGAUAUUUGGUGGACUAGGCUUCAUUGUGAUUUUGGUAGUGGUUCUGGUAGUGCUCUUGAAAAGGGGUAAUAAAGCCACAAAUCAACAGGGAAGUGCAAAUGUUGGGCCUGUUACAGAUGGAGACGGCCUUUCACUCCCUAAAGAUCUCAUGUAUGCAUCAGGCCUCGGAGAGCCAUUUACCUAUGGGCAGAUUUGCCAGAUUGCCGGAAGUUUUGGUGAAGAAACUCUUAUCAAACAUGGACACUCUGGGGACCUAUUUCACGGUUCCUUAAAAAGUGGAACCCCUGUAGUUAUCAAAAGGGUAGAUCUGCAUUCCUUCUCGAAAGAAUCAUAUACGAUAGAAAUGGAUUUAUUUAGCAAAGUUUCACACACAAGAUUGAUCCCACUUUUGGGGCAUUGCUUGGAGCAUGAGAAUGAGAAGCUUCUGGUUUACAAAUAUAUGCCAAAUGGAGACUUGGCUAGUUCCUUGCAUAGAGUUACAAAUUCAGCCGAUGGCAAAUUACAGUCUUUGGAUUGGAUUACAAGACUAAAAAUUGCAAUUGGAGCUGCUGAAGUCCUAGCUUAUUUGCAUCAUGACUGUAGCCCGCCUCUUGUUCACAGAGAUGUUCAAGCAAGCAGUAUACUUCUGGAUGACAAAUUUGAGGUCCGACUUGGCAGCUUGAGUGAGGUCCGUGCACAAGAAGGGGAUGCUAAUCAAAAUGUAAUCACAAGAUUGUUGAGGAAACAACCAAGCUCUGAACAAAGCCCUUCUGCUUUGAUGUCAUCACCAACUUGUGCUUAUGAUGUGUAUUGUUUCGGUAAGGUUUUGCUUGAGCUUGUGACAGGCAAGCUCGGUAUCAGCAAAUCAGAUGAUGCCUCUACAAGAGAGUGGCUGGAUCACACAGUGCGUUACAUUAGCAUAUUUGAAAAGGAACUGGUGAGUAAGAUUGUAGACCCAUCUCUGAUAGUAGAUGAGGAUCUAUUGGACGAGGUAUGGGCCAUGGCAAUUGUGGCCAGGUCCUGCCUCAACCCCAAGUCUUCCAAGCGACCGCCUAUGAAAUACAUUCUCAAAGCAUUAGAAAACCCUCUGAAGGUGGUGAGGGAAGAGAGUUCAAGCUCUGCAAGGCUGCAGACAACUUCAUCUAGAAGAUCAUGGAGCACUGUUUUCUUUGGUAGCUGGCAGCACAGCUCAUCAGAGAAUGCCACCGUUCCUGGUCAUACAAACAGAGAAAGUAUCAGUGCCUUAAAACAGUCGGGGCGAGCAGGUUCUCAUGGCAGUGGUGGAAUUGAGUUCUCCUCUUCACGUAAACGAUUGUCCAAUGAAAUAUUUCCUGAGCCAAUUGAAAUGCAAGAUGUUGAGAGGCAGGAAGAACAUUAGCUGAGAGACUUCUUACGAUAUUAUAUCUUGAAGGGUGGUGUUAGAGUUCAUGUGAUUAUCUGCUAAACAGUGUCACUGCCGCCAGUUUUGCUGCAUUGAACCAUCUGGGACCUGAAUGAAGGCUUCAGGAGAUAUGAGAUUGGGUCUGAUGUAUCUAGUUGUAACAAAGAAUCUGUAUAAUUAUGUGGAUGAGUGGAUCUCCAAAGUUGAUCCCCCUAUUCUUAGUGGUUAUGAAGGUUUCUCACUGUCAAACAGGAGAUGCGUAGUGUCUGUAAUUGUUAAACUGGCUUUAUGAAAUAUCCCAUCAAGUACAGCGUA